CUAAAAGAAGAACAAGGAGUAGAUCAAGAAGCACUAGAAGAAGAGCUAGAAUAACUAGUUAUGGGAGUCAUGAUCCGCUCAGUUGAUCAUUAACGGUGGCGCUGGGGCUCAGAGCAGCAGCAGGAUAGAUCUAACGCAACUAGUGUCUGCUGCCAAAAUGGUGUCUGAAGGAAGCUCCUUCAUGAAAGGGAUGUCCAUGGGAGGCCUCUUCUGCUUGGUGCUAUCGCUCCUGAGCAGUUUCAGCCCCAGUCCGAAGACCAGCACAGAGGAGCACCACCACCAUCAUCACGUCAAGGCCCCGAGUAAAGACGAGUUGAAAGAGCUCUCUGACGCUCAGAUGCAGGAGUUGAGCAAACAAGUCCAGGUUUAUUGCGUCGUCAUGGUCCAGCCAAAGUUGAUUGUUUAUUGGGCGGCAGCGCUAGACACCUGGAGCAAGCACUGUGAUAAGUCUGUGUUUUACACCUCAGAGGACUCUAAGGCACUGGAAGCAGUAGACCUGAAUGAAAAAGAUGACUGGGCGAGGUUACGUAAGGCUCUGAAGCAUGCUUAUGAGAACGCUGGAGACCUGCGCUGGUUCUUUUUGGCGCAACCCACCACGUUUGCCAUCAUCGAGAACCUCAAAUACCUGGUGCUCACUAAGGAUCCCAGCGAACCCUUCUACCUGGGCAACGUUAUGAAGUCAGGCGAGCUGGAGUAUGUGGACUAUGAGAGUGGCAUUGUUCUCAGCUACGAAGCUCUGAAAAGGCUGGUGCAUGUUUUACAGGAUGAAGACAAAUGUCCCGAGAGAGGACGAGCCCUGUGGAAGAUGAAUGAUGACAAGCAGCUGGCAGUGUGUCUCAAAUACACCGGUGUGUUUGCAGAGAAUGGAGAAGACACACAUGGGAAGGGCCUGUUUAACAGCAAGAGCGUCCACACCCUGAUAUCAGACAGCAUGAAGGAGAACCCCAAUAACGUGUUGGAGGGCUGUUGCUCCGACAUGGCAGUCACAUUUACUGGGAUGUCACCAGGUCAGAUGCAGGUUAUGAUGUUCGGAGUUUACAGACUCCGUCCUUACGGCCACGAUUUCCAAGACGCGUUAGCCUUUUACCCUCCUGAAGGUUCAGACAAUGACUAGAGACUCAUUCCUUGAAACUGAAUAUGGCUUUUUUUAAUUUUUUCAUCUAUAAUGGCAAAGCUAGGUUUGGGGAGAUAGUUUUCUUAUGCUGUUGGUAAAACUUGAUUCUGAGUUGGAACAACUCUUUUAUGUAUAUUUGUACCUUUUGCACUUGGCACAAUCAGCACCCCAUUUCUUUAUGGUGUAGGUGAACAGUCGAUGGGUGUGUCGUCCUUUUGAAUGAAGAUAGAACUGGGAAAUAGAACAAAACCUCCAGAUAAUACAAAUUAUCUGGAGGUUUUGGGUAUUGUCAUUUGUUAUGUAUCUAAAAUGUUUGUCUUUUUGUCGUCUUAAAGCUGCAUUAGUUGUUAAAUAACACUGUUUUGAAACUA